AUGGACUUUUUGACGCCUAACUUGGAUGUUCUUGCAAUGCCUCUUGACGUUGCCUAUCCCGCUGGAGUCUCCACCACCUACUCCCUGUUUGAGGGUGGACGUGGCGAAGGAGGCGAAGGCAUCUUCCCGCUCUCACCUGCCUACGUGCGUCUUCUCGAUCGCCGAAACAUCAAUGGGACCUCCUCCACCGCCGCCGCCGCCACCACCACCACAGUAACGCCAAGUCUCGCUUGGACCAGUCGUCACUGGCCCCAGGCCUGGGCUGCAGCCACUCUCAUUGCCAGUCUGCUGCCCCACCUCUGUCUGUAUGCCCCUGACAGUCUUCCAGGAGUGUUGUUACGCCGGUUUCUUUCCUCUAUCCACACAUGUCUCAUCGCCUCAGCAACGCCCAGCCAAUCACCAAUGACCACCUGCAUCCACCUCCUAUUCCAGACUAAUCACAUGCGUGACCACUGUUCAUCCCUCCUGCUUUUUGCCAUUGGUCGAUUGGCCGCGUUCGAAGAUGGUGCGGCACUGUUGCAAUCACUGGGUUUUCCGGAAUCGCUGCUUACCUUAACGAUUGGCAACGAAAAAAAUCGAUCAGAGUAUCGGCCCGUAAAUGUUAAGGAAACCAUCAACAACCAGCGCUUUCUUUGCUCAAAAAUUCUUCUGGCAUCCAUGGAUUACUCCGGGCCUGGGAUUGGACGAAGCCUUUUGGUGUCAAUUUGCUCAUGGGGUCAUAAUGCUCUGCGUUUGUUCGCGACAAAGUUUAUUCGCCUUCUUCUGCGACUAAAAAUACCCGGUACCCAAUCCUGGUGUGUCCCUUUGUUGGUUACUCUCUCCUUCGAUCCCGAUCCCAAAGUUGUUUACGAAGCCGUUUCCGUCCUUGAGGAGGCUUGCCUCGAUCCCGUUAGUGUACAAAUUCUCCUUGACCACCUUCAUCCGGAUAAAAAAUCGACAGGCACGGCCUUUCAGGCGGCAAACCGUUGCUGUGCAGCAUUCCCAAGUCCAGUUUUGCAUUUACUAUCGAUAGCCGGCUUCUCCAGCCAGAGGAUAGUCGCUUGCCUUCUCGCCAGUUCUCCUUGGAUGUUUAAACUGUUCUCCACGCCUAAGUCAUCCACAGUGCGAACUCUCGGUGCAUACUAUCGAAGCAAUAUUGUUGGAACACCACUCGAAUAUAUGUUACAGGCCUGGCUGGAAGUAUACAACGAAGAAUAUUCACGAAGCAUUGAAUCCCUUCUUCAAAAUAACUUUCGCCUUCACCAAUCACCGGUAGGUGUUCCCACGACCCAUAUAGGUCUCCCUUCUCUUAAACUCUGCCCUGCGUGCAAUCAGUCUAUCAGAUCCGCAACUGCCACUUUAAGGGCGCCUGGCGAUCAAGACGAUGACGAGCAUUUCCUCAAUCGACAAAGCAACCGAUUCUUCACACCAUUCAGUGCAGAUAGUGAGGAGGGGAGGGACGUGGUUGUCGAGUUGUCCCCGGUGGCCAAACAAUUCUUUUUUGAAACCAGUCAUACCUUCGUCCCAAUUCACCUUUUCUCCUGUCUGGCCUCUCAUGAGGCGGGAUUUCGAGUUCUGUUGGAGCACGGCCAUUUGCAGGAUCUGGCCGACCGGAUAUCGCUGCAUCACCACCAAUUGCCAGCGACGGAAGGGGCGAAGCCCUCGAUGACGAAUGCCAGUCCUGUUGAAGUGAAAGCCGCAAUUUGGGCACUCUCCCACGUCCUCGUCACCCGAAACGGCGCCUGCUGGGCACGGGCCCCGGGCAUCGUGGACGACCUCUUCCGCCUGACCACCCACGCGGAGUCACUUUCUGUUCGUGGGUGA